AAUUCUUCUUUGUCAACAUGCGAUACGAGGAGCUGCAGUCAGCUGAAGAUGCUUAGAGUGCUAUGGGGCUUGCCUCGAAUGAAUUGGUUUCAUUAUUCGUAUUGGUGCCUGCCUUUCUUUACUCUGUGGGUUCGUAAGCAAUCAUUCUGGGUAAAUUGCUUCCUCUUACAAAAGCAUAUCUAAGUGAAGCAUUUUGCGUGAAUUUUAUGAUGCCAUUUUUUUAGCAUGAAUGUUUCUCACACGUAAAUGUUGCCUUUGUUGUUGUACUCCUGGGUUAGAGCAGAUGGGACUGAUCGUACGCUCUGUGAGGGAGCUGCAGUCUGGCGGAGGCGAUGCUACCACAGCUCCAUGCCCCUGUGCAGCCUGUGGCGAGGCCAAGCGGGUAUUCGUGGUAGGCGCACACGAAAACACACGUAUGCAACAUGCACCCAUGCAGACGGCCGGCCGCACGGAUAGAAACGCUCACCAUUUGUGCAGACACGAGCAGCAUGAUGGCCUUGUCCUGCUCCCCUCUCUCACUGGUGAAGAUGAAGGUCCAUUAGUGGGAUAUAUAUAGGCAUAUAAAAUGUGAAUCCCUCCUUAGACACGCGAUCUGUCCAGCAGCUGCCCGUGGAUCCGCUUGUCUCCAGGCACCUCCUGCACAGACCCACACACGCAAACAGGACGCAGGCAUCCCCAGGCCCAAUGCUAGCUCCAGGAGCUGGCUUAGACCUCCUGGUCCAAGACUUCCUCACCCAUGGAAAUAGUUAGAAAUGGGGUUUAACGAGAAGACAGGAGCAACUGUGCAGAUCAGACUCAGGGUGUUUCCAGACAAGUGUAGUGACCCCCAAUUGCUUAUACCCAACCAGCACCUUUUAUCUCUCUAUCUUGCUAUUUUCCCAUUCUAGUUCCUUCCCUAAACCACCUUGGUCUCUCCCUUUCCCCACCUUUGGUUCCUCCCCUAAACAUCUCAUAGUGCAUCUUGUGCAAUCCCAAAAUGCUCUUCCCUUGCAUGCCACAGUGCAUCCCAGAUGCCCCUGGGAGGAGCGAGGUUGGGGUCUGCAUGUCUCUGAAGGGUUAUUGGGGCUGCCCCACUUGCUCCUGUGCCUCUGUGCGCCUCCGUGUGUGGGAGGACGAGCCUUUUAUCGCAUCACCUAGUGUGCUCAUGUACCAAAUAUGUUCUGAUUUUUCCCUGCCAGGCUUAUAGCUCUUUUGAUACUUUUGAUUUUACUGAUAGAAUAAAAAAAAAUGUAGAACGAACUUGCUUCUAUUUCACAUGUUCCUGUGAAAGCUGUACUUGGGUGUAACUGGCCCCAAAAUUGCUGCUCGGGAGGUGCUUUGCCUCUGCGAAGUGAACUGAAGGAACGGGACGGUUGUGGAAAUUGAUGGCUGCAAAAAGCGGGCCCUGAAGGUACUCUCUUACCCCAGGGCUGAGGAGAUGACCCAUGAGAAAAAGCUGAGGAAGCUGGGCCUGUUCAGCCCAGAGAAGUCUUUUUUCACCACCUAACGGGGUGACAGAGAAGACGGAGCCAUGCUCUCAUUGGAGGUGUGGAAAGGAAGGACCGGGGGCAAUAGGGACAAGCUACAGCUUGAAAUGCUGGCUAGAAAUAAGAAAAAAAUAUUUCCCAUGAGAAUGGUGCAGCCCUGGGACAGGGCCCAGGGAGGCUGUGGCAUCUCCAUCCUUGGAGACUUGCAGAACUCACUUGGACAACCUCAUCAGACUUUGAAGCUAGUCUUGCUUGUAGCAGGAGGCUACAGACCUCCGGAGGUCCUUUCCAAACAAAAGUAUUGUAGGAUUCAAUGUGUAUUUGGCCUCUUCCUUUUUCAUGUAUUUUCUAGGCGCUCGCAAGCAACCUGAGCAACCACUCAGCGCCAGUUUGGUCAUUUGAAACUGCAGAAAAUGCAAGGAUGCCUGCGGCAGGAGAUGCACUCUGCGCCCUGCUCUGCUGGGAAGCAGUCUCAACCUUGACACGUUCCCCGCAGAGCUGAGAGCUGCUGCACGGGGUGCCCGCCACCACAUCCUGUGGAUUUUGAGAGCGUGGCUCGUGCUGCUAAGUGCAAGCUAGAAGAUGGCUCAGAGAGUGGUGAAACACCACUUUGCAGAGCACAAAGCAUUCAGAGCAAAAGGACAGGAGGUAUUUUGCCUAUGAGUCCUGGUUGGCUGCAGGAAAAGGACAGAAGCACCACAGCUGGGAGCUACUUUUAUGUCUCAGAGCUCUCUGCCCCUGGUCUGGAGAGCGGCAGAUGACAAACACAAAUGGUGGUGUGCACACGGAUACCGGAUCUUCCUUGAGUCUGACUGUACCUACCCUUUCCUUUCAGAGGGAGGAACCAGUAGAGUGUUUUGCUCUACUCUGAGCUACUUUGCAGGGUGCAGCAACUUGGAGUGUUUCUCUUACCAGUUUCAGUGUGGUACAAAACUCGCUCUUAAGGAAAGGUGCAAAGGUGUCACCAGUUCUUCUACUAACAGAGAUAAUCACCGUCAAAAUCAAAGGUGAAACCAAAGAAAGAGGAAGUAGGAAAGCUGGCUUGGUCCCAAAGAGGAGGGCAGGAAGUAUGGGGAGGUCCUUUUGCAGUUGGUUUUGUUUCUUCAUUUUUCUGAGACAAAAGAGUUAACUGGAAGUCGUAGUCACAAGAUUUAAAUACAUUUAUGUUUCUUUGAGAAGAAAUAGUAACUUUUAAACAAUUCUAGGGUAAGAUUGAGACGAAGAUUUUGUUAAGCUAUUGAUAGCUUCUUUGCUGUUUGAACACAUCUAGAUUUUGGAAGUCGUUGCGGAGCACAGGUGAGAAAAGCUGCUUAUUCCCUUUCCCUGGGUUUCCACGGGAGCUUUCGGUGUCUUUGAAGUUGGUUUUUCCCUCGGAUCCUUGCUGGUUUAUGUGUACUGAUGUUUUGCUGCGUCGAUUUAAGUUCCAGCUGAAGUUUAUCUGAGUUAGGUCAAGGGGCUGAUUGAAGGAGGUCCAUAAAUUGUGAUAACUGAGAAGGCAAAUGCUCUGGCUUUGGGUUCUCAGCGCUGAUGGAAACCGGGUCUUCUUUGUCUUUCCGUUGUGCGGGCGGUUCAGACCGUGGCGGCGACCGCUCUGCUCAGGGGGCUCCCGCUGUCCCCAGCUGCAGAGGCUGGUCCCUGAUUCCCAAUCUGUUUAUCUCCUGGGGGGAAAAACAGCGCCCAGCUGCUGGGGUCUCUCUGGGGGGAUGCAUGCCACGCCGAGACCCCAUGGGGAUCUGGGGAGAGUUGCUGCAUUCCUGUUCCUCCUUCCACUCUCUCCCGAAGCAGCGUGGCCCCAUGGCUGCAACAGCAACUGAGAGCCUGGAAAGACAGUGGGUGCCAAGAAAGGGGAAAAUGCCAUUUUUGAUGAACGGCCUCGUUAGGAAAGCAUUACAGGUGGUUUUUGGACACUGGCAUCUUUGUCGGAGUUCUUAUUGCUCAUGCUCAGCACAGCCUGGUUGUGAAAAGCCAGGGAAGACCCAGGGCUGCAAGGACUCACCACAGGCUCUGCGACUCGUCUGUGGACAUGGCAGAGGCCCAAGGUGCAGAAGGAGGAAAUGCAGCUGAAAUAGCUCGAAAGCGACCAAGAAUACAUCAGGCUUUCCAGGACGAUGAGCAAAAGGUUCUCAAAAAGUAUGAAAAGAUUGAGUCCACGGCCAGAAAAAUUCUGAGCGCAUCAUAUGAGAAGACAUCCUUCCUGUUUUGGAUGGAUGAGGUGCCUGACCAACUGAGAUAUAUCAGAGACCGCUUUGACGCGCUCCAGGCAAAGUCUACCUUCAGCCCCAUCCGCAUCGGUCUCUUCGGCAGCACUGGCGCAGGGAAGAGCACGCUGCUGAACACCCUUCUGGACAGGAAGUUCUUUCUGCCGGUCUCUGGGACACGGACUUGCACCUCCUGCCAGGUUCAGAUCAGUACCUGCAGGAUUAAACACUAUGAAGCGAACAUUUUUCUUCUCUCAGAGGAGGAAUGGAAGGACGAGCUGAGCAAUCUCUUUGUGCUUUUGGACCCUGAGAACAGAGGCAGUGAGAGCGACGAUGACGUGGAGCACGCCAUUCAGAAGCUGCAGGCUCUUUACGGGGAAGGAGCAGAGAGAAGAAGUUACGAAGAGCUGCUGAGAACCAAACCUGUGAUUACCAUUCCCUCCUCGAGAUGUAUCACUCUUAGAAAAGCAGAGGCAGAGGAGCUCUCUAAGGAGCUGGACCCAUAUAUCCGGAGCUGGGACCACGGAGAAGGGGACAGUGAGAUGGAAGAAAGGAAAGAAAAGAUGCGGCUCUGGCCACUGAUCAAGCAUGUGGAAGUGACUCUCCCGAUAUCAGAGCAGAUUCCCAAAGGUGUUGUCUUUGUGGAUAUUCCAGGGACAGGAGAUUCCAACAAGAAAAGGGAUGAAAUGUGGAAAGAGAGUAUCCUGGAGUGUUCAUCCAUCUGGAUUAUUGCUGAUGUUGAACGUGUUUUCGGGGCCAGAGGACAUGACACUGUGCUACAAGAGGCAAUUAAAGCUUGCCAGGCUGGAAAGUGCAAUGAUAUCGCCUUUGUGGUGACCAAGAUAGAUAACAUGAAUACUGAAGAAUACCUGAGGUUCCACAAGAACAGGCUGAAAAGUGGAUGCUAUUUGUCUGUGACAGGAUCAGAUCUUACGGACAUCAUCAUGAAAGCCCUUGAAAGAGAAAUUCUUUUGAAAAAGAAGACUAUCUAUGAGUCCCUUGCGCUGUCGAUCCAAAGCAGCCUUUCGCCGCAUUACGACGAGGCAGCUAGGAUAUGCGGGAAGCAGGCAUGCGAGAACAUUAAAAACAAACUGAAGAAGUCCGUUGAGGAGGAGGUGGGCAAGGAAAUGUUUGAGAAAGCAAAGGAGAAGAUGAAGAGCCAUUUCCAGGAUCUGAAGGUGCAGAUGACCACAAAGCUGGAGAAGAACUUUUCCAGCACGCUCAGACUCGCCUUUUGUCCGUGGGACAGGACGUGCAGGAGGCUGCCAGGUACGGUCCGAGCUCUGCCCUCCGGGAUGCCUGGGCUGGGAGGGAGAGCCCUUCGCCCGGGCGCGAGCGGCCGAGGAUCAGUCCUGGAAAGAAGUGACUGAAGGAGUGGGUGAGCAGGGUCCUGAGCUUGGAAAGCCCUUCGGGGUGUGCUCGCGGCCUGUGCCGGGUCAAGGCCCGGAGAUUCACUCUUAACGCCGGUCGUCGGAGGCUGCUAGGCUGCAGCUCAGGGAUGAUAACGAUUCCCCACUGCUUAUUCCUGAAUACAUAGGCAUACAUUAGCUGUCCCCACCCCUUGUACCGAAGCUUUUAUUCCCUUUCUGUAAAAGCAAAAAGGCGGACAACCGAGUCUCUCUCAUUUUGCUCUUCUCCUUGCAGUUUUUGAGCAAGAAUGCCAAGAAAUCGAGAGUUUGUGCAAAAAUCUCUGACAGCCGCACUGACUGCGAAGGCCUGCUGGAAGACUUCCCUUCCGUUUCUCUUCUUUUAAGCAAAGUUAUUUUGGGCUUUUAUCUUUAAUUGCAUUUAACUGAUUGGUUCACCGCUUUUCUGUGUUGACCACCUUCUAAGCAAGAAUUUUAAAGGCCUUGUGGAUUGGACUCGGUAGCCGAAACGCCGGCCUAUAAGGAUCUGGAAGAGCUGAGGUCUCUUGUAGGUCCUGAGCUGCGUCCGCAGCCCCUGGUGAAGGGGCAUAUCCCCACGCUGGCCGUUGGGCUUGUAGUGGAGGUUCAGCCAUAAGGUCUUGGGUGCCUUGCUGAAGAUCUUCCAGGAAAUGGCACAAUAUAUAACAUGUAUCCCGGUUUAAUUAUACUAAAUGUUAGUAGCAGCUUGUGCGUAGCUUUUAUACUCGU